AGUAGUUUGUGAUCUCUCUACGUGGCAACAGGGCUGAUACUUUUUAUUUUCGUAAAAUUAAAUUGUAUCAAGUAGCAAGUUUGAGAGCAUAAUAAUAUUUUUAUAUUUAAUGCAGUCUCAUAGUGGUGCACAUUUAGGUCAUGUACCUGUUUUACAGUGGAGCCCCGAUAAGAAACAUAGUGAUAGAGAAAGGUGGAUAUGUAUUUACCCAGCUUAUAUCAAUAAUAAGAAAACGUUAGCUCAAGGAAGAAGGAUAAAUAAGGAUAAAUGCGUUGAAAACCCAACACACCAAGAAAUUAGAGAUGUAUUAGUGGCAGCAAAUCUUAAAAUAGGAGUUGAAAAUAAAUUAUAUAGCAGAGAAAAAAGCAAGGAACCUCUUUAUCGAGGCAGAAUUAGAGUUCAAUUGAGGAAUGAUGACGGAAGUUUGUUCAAUAGCGCUUUCCCAACCAGAGAGAGCAUAAUGUAUCAUCUUGGUGAAAUGAUUCCUAAAUUAAAAUCUAGACAAAAUAAAGGUGCAGGGGAAGCACCACAACAAGCAUCAACCAGCAAUAAGGGGAAAGGAAAGGGCAAAGGAAGGCGAUGAACUUAUCUACAAUAUGUUCAAUUUUGCACCUAAUAAUUUUUUACUUAUGUGAAAUUUUGAAAAAUACAAAUAAGUAUCAUAUUUGA